AUGCCUCCCCGGAUGCGCUUGACCAGUGGCCGCAUCCCCCAGCCGUUCCGACGACAGACGCUUCUUGGCCAGCAUGAUUUAGCCAUUCUCGCUCGGUGUGCAAGCUCUGCCGCCGCAUCUGCAACCACUCCCGCGCCUUCCAUCGAGCAGAUGACCAAGUCCGUUCCCCCAAUUGCCCGAUUCCCUCCCUCUCAGCCGCCUUCGCAUCGCAAUCCCGAAUACCGACGUUCCCAGCUACUGCGCCAGUACACCUCGCUCAUCCGCACCACCCCUCUCAUGGUCUUCUUCCAACAUGACAACCUCCAGUCUGUGGAGUGGGCCGCCAUCCGACGAGAGCUGAGCAAGGCGAUGCAAAAAGUUGACGAGCAGAUCGCCGCGGAGGGCCGAACCGCACCACCACUCGCCCCCCAUGUCAAGGUCCAAAUCAUCCAGACGAGCAUUUUCGAAGUUGCCUUGCGCAUUGUCGAAUUCUUCCGCCCCAACUCCUCCACCGUUACCAGCGGUCAGUCUCCCUCCGCCGUCGACCCGAUCACGCAAUCUUCCGCCGAGAUCCCCCUCUCGGGCUCCAGGGACGACCCGUCUCUCGCCCAUGACCUCUCCCGCACAGCCCACCAGGCUGUCCGCCACAUGAAGGGCAAACACGAACUCUCACCGCUCCUCGUCGGCCCCAUCGCCGUCCUCUCCAUCCCUGGGGUGUCCCCAGAGCACCUGAAAGCUGCUCUGACGGUUCUGGCCCCCAAGGCCGCUGGGUUCCCUUCGCCUACCCGGAAAGCCAACCCGGGCUGGCACGAGCUGCCCGUCCAGAACGGUUUGAACAAGCUGGCACUGCUGGCUGCCCGGGUCGACGGUAAGGUCUUCGACGUCGACCAGACUAAGUGGGUGGGCAGCAUCCAGGGCGGCAUGGAUGGUCUCCGCUCCCAGCUUGUCAUGGCAUUGCAGAGCAUGGGAUCCAGCGUUACGAAUGCCUUGGAGGGCGCGGGUAAGAGCCUGUACUUUACGCUCGAGAGCAGAAAGAAUGUUCUGGAAGAAGAGCAGAAGGGCCCCGAGGCCGAGAAGAGUGAAUCGUCCUGA